AUGUCACUCAUUCAGCAACCCCCACUGGAUAUUGAAGCAAACCUGUUCUCAAUACCUCGAGAGAUUCGUGACCUCAUCUAUACUGCGCUGCUCCAGAUCCCGAAUGACCCACCCACAUCGCCCGAGGAGGCGGGCCCGCGCUUCAGGAAAGGGAGCAGUCUCUACUCCGUGGAGCGGUAUCCUGAGGCCGUCUAUGCUGCCUUACUGCGCUGCAACCGUCAACUGAGAGAUGAAUUCCAAGAGGUCCUGGUUGCCCGUCAGCCAGUUCGGGACUUCAGACUCGAUUGUAUGAUCAAAAGCGACGACCUGUGGCCAACAUGGAUCUUGCUCCCUUGUCCAGGAACACGGGACAUAGGGGUACUGAAUGUGGACCUUCGACUCUUCAACGUCGGUCAUGGCCACGAUCAGUAUGUUCAGUUUUUUGACGAUGGUGGUCCGGCCAUGAUCUUCACACCUCUUUUCCAGCUCCUCAACCGCUUUUUCCAUCAUGGACCUCGAUUCUUCAGCUCUAGCGCCAAGGAUGGUGUAUAUGGCCGGAAUUUGCAUGUCAAGACGCUCUGUAUGACACUCGUACACGAGAGGCCAGGGGCAAACUCCAAUCCCGACGAUCCGCUGUACGAUCAGAGACACAUUCGUAGUACUUGCUGGUUCGCGCUACUCAAGAUUGCAAACUCAGGCCUGCUCCUAGGCAAAAUAGAGAAGCUAAAGUUGUGCUGGCGUGACGAGAUAAGAGAGGUCGAGGUGAAGGGCACCGGGGAGAGGCGUGACGUUGCUGAGUGGGAUUUGUAUGGGUUCCGUUGGGGCCCCUGA